AUGCGUGGCUGUGCGGAAACAUUUGGAGCAAUAAAUGAGAAGCUACUUGAUGAGCGUGGUGAUAACACGUGUCAAAGGCUCCAUGAACAGCUCGAUAUACAGGAAUGCAUCUGUAAGCAUCGACGAUAUUGUUAUCCGGGCGCAAAACGUCAACUUUUUGGCGCUUCAGCAGCAACAAUAUUUAUGGCCUCAGCAUCAGCUGAUAAUAUCAUAUUUAUAUUUUAUUAUAUUUUAUUAAUUUGUUUAAGGCUCGCAUUUUAUGAUUAUUUAUAA